AUGAGUUUUGCUUGUUUGUCAAAUCUAAUUGACUUUUUUUCUAUAUAUUAAAUUGUGAAUCUUCAAAUGUAGUAGGGUAAGGGUAUUGAAAAAUAUUUCUAUUAUCCAGGCUAUUUAAUUGGUAAGGGCAACUAUGAUUGUGUUUACUAGGGAGUUGAUUAAAGUACUUAAACUGAUGUUGCCAUUAAAAAUUGUUAAAAAGUCUAAGUUAGAAGGUGAUUCUUCUAUUUUUACUUUAGGGAAUCAUAUUCAGAGAAGGCUUUCAUAAAUGAAAUGAUAAUUCUGAAGAAACUUCGUUCAAAAACUAUUGUAAAAAUGUUUGAUUUAUGUGAAAGCCAGUCGAUCUAUUAUCUAAUAUAAGAACUUGUCAAUAGGGGGAUUUGAAGAAAAUAUUGUAGUAGUCACAGCUUAAUGAAAAAGAGACAAUUAAAAUUCUUCUUGAUAUUCUUUCUGAAUACUAAAUUUUAUUUAAAGUACGGCAUAGCAGAGGUGAGAUAAAUGAAAUGUUUAUUUAUACAUCGAGACGUUUGGCAACUUAAAUCUUUAAAUAAAAGAUGUUGAAUUAAUGUGUUGGUACACUUUUGUAGCCCUUAAGUAUAAUAACAUAGUAAUUAUACAAGUAAAUGUGAUAUUUGGUCAAUUGCAAUAUUGUUUUACGAAUGCUUAUUUGGUGCAAGUAAAUAAUUUGAUGAAGAGAUAGCCCUUGCUAUCAUGAAACAUCUCAAAAACUUCUAAAAUAAAUUUUUGAAGAACCUCUAGAGUGCCGACUUACCUAUUUGUGAGUGAUGUCAGCAAAUCAUUUAUUAAAGAGUUGUCGAGAAAUCAAUGAAAAAGACAAAAUAGAUUGGGUAGACAAUUACAAUCAAAUUUUAUUUCGAUCAAAUCCAUUUAAAAAAUAUAUGGUAAUUCUCAAUAAAUAAUCACCAGCAAAGAAAUACCAUGAAAAUUAGAAAAUUUAAAAUAAAUUAUUUAUUCUAAAAUAUCUACUUCCAAAAAAAUUAAAUAUUGAUGAUCUCAAUUUACUUUUAUAAUCUAUUGAUAAAUAGUUUACAAUAGAGGAUGCAGAAAUAGUAUUUAAUAAACUGAAUCAUAACAAUAGAGAUACUAUUCCAUUUGAAUGUAUUUUGUUAUGGUUUAGUUAAAAUGAUGUUAAAAAUAUCAAAUAUUUUAAUAGAUAAUCUUAGCUUAAGUUUUAGAUACUUGUUGGCUUUAUUAACUUAGCAAGAUUAAUUUAAAAUUGAUAAUGUAUUUGAUGAGCUAAUUGUUCGAGAAAGAUUAAAUUCGAUUUCAAUUAUAUAAAUAUGUAAAGAAGUAAAUCUUAAAAUGAUUAUUUAGUGCUGAGUUUCAUAAAAUUAGGAAAUCAGCUUAAAUAAAUUCGAGCAAGUUUUGCUAAACAUUGAUACUUAGAUGUCAAAGGCUGAUAUUACUCUUUUGUAUAGUAAAAUUAAAUAGAACAAUUAAGGACUCAUUAGAAGGGAGUCCAUCUAAAAAAUUUUUUAUGAAGAAUCUGAAUUAGAGGAUGCAGAUGAUGAUUUUUCAUUCUCCCCAGUACAUCUUCCUUUUUAAGGACCUGGUUUAAAACUGA